AUGAUGGAAAGAUCAUUGUUUUGGCGUUGGGUUAGAGUUUAUAUAGUAGGUGGUUCAAUUGUUGGGUCAGGUCUCUUAUUAUAUAAAUAUAGUCGUCCAACAGAUGAAGAAUUAAUUAGUAAAUUCUCACCUGAGGUAAGAAGAGAAUACGAAGCAAACAAGAAAUUGAGAGAAGAAGAACAAAGGGAAUUAAUUAAAAUAGUUCAGGAGAGUGCAAACAGUAAAGACCCCAUAUGGAAGACUGGUCCAUUACAAUCUCCGUUCGAAAGAGGUAAUCUGGGUUCAUAUUCAAAUAAUACGGUCUUGGAGAGAGCUAAAAGACAGCAGCUGGAAAAACGUGAACAAGAAGAAAUAGAUAAAGUUAGACAAAAUAUAGAAGCUUUAAAAGAGCAGCAAAGACAGGAGAAGGAAACUAAAAAAGCAAAUAAAUCAUGGUGGAAGUUUUGGUAG